AUGGAAUCACAGGAUAAAAUAAUUAAAAUAGAAGAAAAAUACAAAGCUGAAAUAGCAGAAAUGAAAGCUCGUUUCAUAACGGAAAAAGAAGAAUUGACUACGUUGUUUUUAGAAAAACUAAAAGAAGUUGAAAACUAUCAUAAGAAAAUGUUACAAGAUCUCGUUAUAAAAAGCAAUACGGAUUUAGAUGCAAUACAAUCAAAACACGAAGAAAAAUUAUCAUUUAUUUCCGGUAUACAUAAUAAAGAAAUCGAAGGUUUGCAGUGUAAAAUUGACGAAUUGUUGACGGCAAACGAAGAACUUAAAAACAUGUUAACGGCCAUUAAAGAGGAUCAAAAAUUUUCCAAAGAAAAUAUCGUCAACCUAUUAGAAAGUGAUAUAAAUAAUAGUUGA